AUGGGGAUGAAUUUGACGGGGAGCAUUAAUGGUCAGAUGCUUUCUCAAAACUGUAAUAAUGGGUCACUGAAAGAUAUUAAUGUGAAAGGAAAAGUAGUUUUCUGUGAGAGAGGUAUGGAAAUAAGUAGACUGGAUCAAGGAAAAGUAGUGAAAGCUGCAGGUGGAGCAGCCAUGCUUCUUGUGAACCAAGAACAGGAAGGCUUUACCACCUACGCCUGA